AUGGGACAGAAUACUUCGGGAACGAUAUCCAGUAAGGCCAAACAUGAAAGCAGUAGUACGCCUAGUGGUACGCCGACUCCCGCUCCGAUUGCCGCUGAUCGAUUAGAUGACGAUGCAGGCUUAGAAGAUGAAGUGGUCGAUGAGCUUGCCGAUUUCGAAGCCGUUGCAGGUUUCGAGGAGGUGAAUGCGGUGGCUGAUGUGGAGGCAGCUGGAGUGGAUGAAGUUGCAGUCGACGCAUUGCUUACCUGGGCUACUCCGAAAAAGCUUCCGAUGCCAGGGGCAUUCAUGGUGAAGUCAGAGGUAUCGCAACAGCCAGCCGCAGCCUGCGAGCUGCCUUCCACCGCUCCACAGCACCAAGUGUCCGUAUAA